AUGUCUUUUCACAAAGUCCUCGUCGUCAACCGAGCAUCGUUUCAACAGAAAAUCUCUACAACCGCGGCCUUAUCCACCAUGGUGUCUCCAGACCACUCGCUGGCUGAGAAGCUUCGCGCAUACUCCACAUGCGAUGUAUCAGACGCGUUACUGAAAGUGGGCGUUCCUUAUGGCGGCUUUCUUCCCAACUUGAGCAUGUGGUCACCUCUACGACAAGAAGGCGAUAAAAAGCUCAUUGGACCUGCGUAUACUGUCAAGUUUGUCCGCAACACUCAGACCAACGCACCAAAACUCAAGGAGCAUUAUAUCGACACUAUCCCAAAAGAUCACGUUAUCUUUAUCUCAGCGCCCCAUGGCAUAUUCAACGCCGUGUACGGCGGUCUAAUGAGCACUCGUGCAGAGUACUCUGAAGCCGCGGGCACAGUUGUCGAUGGUACUUUUCGAGAUUUGCAGGAUCAUCGCAAAUUAGACUACCCGGUCUUUGCCCGUAAUGUCGGUACGCCAAGCCCCCACGAGGUCGCUCGCCCCAGCGAGAUCAAUGUUCCUGUAAAGCUGCAGGAUCCUGCCCUGGAUGUGAUGAUCAAGCCUGGUGAUAUCAUAUUCGGAGAUUUGAAUGGUGUUGUUUGCGUGCCCAAGGAAGUCCUUUCCAAGGUUAUUGAGAUCUUGCCUGGGCAGGUUGAAGCGGACGAUAACAUGUCACGAGACAUCGCUCAGGGUAAGACUUUUACAGCCGCUAAGAAACAGUAUCGUUGA